AUGUUUAAACAAGCGCACUCACGCAAGGUCUAUGCGCAACCGGCAGAAAGUAACGUCUACAAUGAUAUGGGCACGCAAUUGGAUCAACCGACAACCAAGUGGUUCUAUCUUUUGCUCUUCUACACCUUGCUUCGACGAGCUGUCACAACAACAGCCGAUAUCAAACUGACUGAUGCUUGUGGUGUUUCUGACUGGAUUCAGAAGUGA